UGCUUUGUCUGUAUAAUAUAUUCCUAUUCCUUAACCGCUUUCUUUUAGCUUUCCCACCACAGAGUCCCCAAUUUCCCUCUUUAUUUUUGCUUCCCACCGCCAGCGUACCCAAUUUCCCUCCCUAAUUUCCGAGCUUCCCUCCCUAAUUUCUGAGCUUCCCUUCCCGGUAGACUAACCCAAGUAAUUUCUGAGCUUCCCUCUCUAAUUUCGAGCUUCAUUUCUGCUAAAAUCAUACUCCCCUCCACAGAUUCCCCAUUUUCCAUCCUUAAUUUCUGAGCUUCCCUCCCUGCAGAUCUCCAAAAUUUGUAAUUGAUUUUGGUAAAACUCAAAAACCCAUUGAACCCAGCUGCAAAAUUCGUUUUCUCCAGUCUAAUCCAUCAACGACAAAGGGUUUCGCGCAGCCAACCGCAGCCACGCUUGCUCUCUCCUCUCCGUCAACCAUGCGAGGAUUUUGCUUGAUUUUCAAGUCUCAAAGUUACAUAUGUGGAAGAGGAGUGCUUGGGGCACUCGCCUCCUGCACUCUCCGGCCAACACUUUCAUUUUUAUUGGGGCACGUUGUUCUGGUUCGAAAGAGGUUGCACUACAAAGCCAGAAACAAGCUUACAUUGCCCAAUGAAAGGGGAAGUGUUGGCUGGAGAGUGCAAAAGGCGAGUGUCCCUAGCACUGCUCAUAAACAGUUGAAAGAUAAUGUCGAGCUUCCUGAUUAUUGAUUUGCUUGCUUUUUCUUUAUCUAUGAUACCAUGUGGACAUGAAUUCCCUUUAUCUUUGUUUGCUCUAACCAAGAAACUUGCGUAGAUAUAUUUGGUUGAAGAGCAACAAUGUAGCGACUGGAAAACAAACUAAGAAGGCUGCGAAGGAUCCAAACGAACCGAAGAGGCCUGCCAGUGCUUUCUUCGUCUUCAUGAGACUAGUCAUCAACAAUUUGUUUUUGGGGACUCUGUUUUACAUGAUGAAAACAGAGUAAAACAGAGAGGACUUAAGGAAACAUCAUACGAAGACUGGAUGGGAACUUCAAGGCUUUACUGACAUUGAAACCGGAUGCGUGCACUAUUUUCAAUUGCACACAAUCUUAUAUGCUUGGUUUGGAAUUUGAUAGGCUGCUUGCAGCUAUAUGUAAUCCAGCACAAGAUGAUCAAUCCAUCAUCCGUUUAUCCAUUGGUGAUAGAAAAUUGCCUCAUUAUUCAAUCGGGUUUCCCACUUUUCUUACUAAUUUUUCUUUGAUUAUUUUAAUUUUGUUAUACUCUUCAAAUUUCAUAUUGUUAAUUGUUCUUUGUU